CUGAUGUGUCGCUGUGGGUGCAUCGUGGAAGUUAUGGGUCUCUCUUGACUUGACUCGAGGACUGCAGGAAGCGGAUGUUGUCUUUCCGAUAAAAUGACUACAAGGACCACUGAAUACGGGUGAAAGAGCGCAUUAAAGGAAUAUGUUCGUCUUUUUAAAGAGCUCAGGGGUGUUUAAAAAGAUAUGGGGGAAAUAGCUUGGCUAGAGUGAGCACAUACGUGUGGUCAAAACGCCAUUCCGGAGGGGGCAGUAAUGCGCUGUGGAUGCUAACCGAUGUUAAACCAACAAAGAAGAAGUAUUUCCGGUGCAUGCUUGAAAUGUUGACAAAUUUGAACACACGGGUUACUUUCUGGUUCUUUUAAAGAGAAUUAUCUACUACAGUACAGUGAUUAGUAUUUGUUCCAUGAAAACUUACCACACCGACAAAAACAAGUUCAACUUGCUUUUUGCCACCUUCAACUGCCUGCAAUGAUCAUGGAUAAAGACAAGGCCAUUCUUCAGGGGGCUUUUCUCCUGUCUGAUAAGUUGUGUCUGCCCUCCACCUUGAGCUGCCUUCAAAAGUCUGAUUGGUGCAAGGUGGGCAACCCCAUCCUGGAUGCCGUGAGAGAAAUUUGUGGCAAGGAAGAAGAUGCUGUUCAUCCCAACAGCAGCGCUGCCUCUUGGAAGAAGCAGAUAAUUAGUGUCGUGUGGUUGAAGGUGUUGAGCAGAGAGAAUGGAGAAGAUGAAGAGGAGGCAUGGAUGGAAAAUCCCUUCUUUGCUUUACAGAAUGCCCUCCCAGAGAUCAACCAUGUUGUCCUUAUGGAACUCAUCAAGUCCUUGUCAGCUGCAGACGUAUUUGUUCAUUUUUUACGGCGUCUUCCUCAACACCAGAUGUACUCAGAGCUGGGACGAUUUGCGGAACAUGUGAUGAACAGCCCUAAAAGUGAGGACGAUGUUCGCUUCUUCCUUGAUGUUUGGUGGGAACUUUGGAAAAGCACAGAACCUUUGUUGGACAGUCAGGAUAGUAUAGAAGUGAUGUUUGCUAAGCAGGUGGGUAAUCUCCUUUCUCAGACUCAUCAGGCGUCCAAGAGGUUGAAAUUGGACUCAUCAGCUUUAUCAGCAAACACUGAUGUCCUCCAUAUUUUCCUUCACACCCUCAGAAAUAUGAAAGAUACCAUAUCUCAACCGGAGCUCUGCUUCCAUGCUCUCUCCAAUUGCCUCAAUGCUCUUUACACGUCUUUCUUCAUUGAGCAUUCAGUCUUGCUUCCAACCAAAGAUAAGAUGAUGUAUUUAUCCAAAGCCAUGAGCGUCAAAGAAAAUAACGACAAGCUGUGUUCUGAACUUAUUCAGGAGGCUCAACAAGACCUCAAAGCCUCUCAUAUCCGAUCAAAGUUUUAUUUGAGCGUGACAAGCCUUCACAAUGCCCUGAAAAACGUGUUGGAGCUCACCCAAUUCUGGCAAAACCAAGGGUUGCUGACAGUAUGCAGCAGUUCUCCUCCCACUUACACGGAAUUCAAACUACAGCAAAGUGUCCACAGAAUCUUGGUCGGUCUACAAAAAGCGCAGAUGAGCGACGCCGCCGCUGAACAUGUGGAUGAGAAAAAUAAACUCACAGCUUUACUGGAGGCUUUGUCGUUCCCUGUUAUGGAGAGUAGCUCUGAAAUGAGCAUGAGGGUUGCCGUGACCAUCAUCAGCCAUCGCCUGGACGACUACCAAAAUGUCGCCAUGUUGUUUGCUAGCGAGGAGAGAUGGGCGGCCUGCGAGGAGCAGUGGAUGGACUGCCUGGAAAAGAACCAGGCAGCCUUCCAGAAAGGCGACACACUCAUCCAACUGUCCUCCACACUCCGAUGUCAACUCCAAACUGCGAGUGUGAGCCACUGCAAGAGGCUGCUAAAAGUGGUCACUGCAGUGUUCACUGCUCUCUCCUUGGAGGACAAGAAUACAACUUUGGCUGCCAUUCUGAGAUUGUCAAACAAAGGGUUCUUUGGAUGCUCGGGCUCCUUAGCUCUGAUUGGCAGCUUUGAGCAGGAGCUCAACAUGGCAUUCAAUUGCAUCAUCCAAGGUGGAGGUGGACCCCCCACAGAGGGCAACCUGGGCACAGCAGUUUCGUUAGUAGCCAGGAUGGCCUUUCAGAACCCAGAGGCUACUUUGAAAUCCUGCUGCCACUCUGCUGUUUUCAAUAAGGGAGCCUUUUCUCUCAUGUGUAAGAUCCUGCAGCAGCUGCCCGGACUUCAGGGCAAAGAUGAACAAAGAAAUAAUUCGAGUGGCAGCAGUUUACUCUGCAGGUGUCUGCAGGAAACGGUCGUCAGCAGAUCACUGGCAGACAAUGAAAAGGAACAGUUACUUAAAUUUGGGACUGUGUUGAUGAUGCCUGUCAUGACUGCUGGAGGUGAAAGGGAGAGUCUUCUGUCCCCUCAGGAGCUUGUCAACACAUUUGUCCUGCCUAACCUAUCUCUCACAAAAGGCAACUCAAUCGAUCUUGAGUUGAGUCUGCAGCUUCUCCACGCCGCUUUGUGUUUGGACGGCCAGGAAGUAGCCUCAUCUUCCUCAGCUCACUUUGUGCUGGACUGUUCCCCCUUUCCACUGCUCUUCACCCUGGCCCAGCUGCAUGACCAGGCCCUCAGAUGUUGGGAGCAACCGCCUGAGACUGCUGUCCACCGUUGGUCCAUGGACACUAAGGAGUUGCUUGCGUCGGUUCUGAUCCGUCUGGCACAGGUGGUUGGUGUUGAGGUAGCGGCUGCCCCCAGUCGCUGGUCCAGAGCUCUGUUCUGGCUCCGUGACAAAAUGAAGGACCUGGACUGGACGGUUUACUUGCACCUGAAACCUAUGUGGGGUGAACACUUCAAAAAUGAAGUACCCUCCUCUCUGUUGACAGUGUGCGAUCUACCUGAGCAGGAAUGGUCAGGUCUGAACCUUCCCCAGUAUGGAUACGGCACAGGUCUCUUGGCAUGGAUGGAGUGCUGCACUUUAUCAGACUCCCUUCAGUCCACCAUGUUGACUUGUCUUUCUCUGGACCGCCGCCGUCCCGACCACGUUGGCAUGUUCAGUAAGGGCCUGCUGGUGGCGCUAACCCAGACCUUGCCCUGGUGCUCCAUCCCCCAAUGGAGCAGAUUACUGCGAGCUAUCAAGGAGUUGAUUACCUCGGGGUACCUCCACGUCCCGUUUUCCUUGGAGUACGUGGACUUCUUGCCUCUCCUGGACCUGAGGAGUUUUGCCUACGAGCUCUGUCUGUCCGUCCUCCUGCUUCGGGUCCUGCAGCUGCUCUGUGGAUCGAGCUGUUCUGAUUGGCUGACAGGAGACAGUUGGGUCCACAUUGCCAGAUUAUAUGCUCACGCUGUCAGGGAGGUGAUGAACUCACUGAGAGCCAAGUUGCCGCUGCCUCCAUCCAAGCCUUUUGCGAAACAGUCUGUUGCGACAUCGAAAAGCUGUGAUUUAACCCAAGACUCUUUGAAAGGCGCACAGAUGGAAGAAAAUGUCCAGCAAGUUCUUUGUCAGGAGGUCCUUUUUGUUCUCUCCCAGCUCUUCUGCCAUGUUCAACACAUCCAGGUGAUGAUGCCAAGUGGCCAGAGUGAGCCUCUCUUCCUGUCCAGCCUGGAGAUUCUCAGUCACUACGAGGCCAUCGUGGGCGCUUUCCCAAAGAGCAACAGCGCACUGGAAAAUGACAACACCAAGCACUUCUUCCGCACCAUCACCGACAACCUGGAGAACCAGGAGAUGAAGUCUGUUUUGCAGCAGAAGAUCGCCCAGCUCACGUCAUCUACCGCCUGAUACCUUCCUCGUCCCUUUCCCCAUCAGUUUUGCAAAUGCGGCUCACAUCUAGCCCGAACAAACCAAAUAAUCUUUUUUCCACUUGUCAUUGUACUGUGGUGCCAAGAUGAGAAGGAUUUGGGGAAUUAAUGAAGCAAGAGUUUCAUGUUUCAGCUGUACGUGUGCAUGUAAAGCUGACUGUAAAACAAAAAUAAAUUGAAAAGGGCUGUUUGCAACCUCCCCACUAAA